UUAUGCUUUCCUUUUUCUGAUAUCAACUCAACUCCAAAAGAAUUUUUUUUAAAGAGGGGGCAAAGUAGGGAAAAAAUUUAUUUGUUUUGUUGGCUUUUUUGUUGUUUUACACUUUGAGCCUGUUAAUAAGAUGUGACCAAUACACAUAUUCUCUGAAAUCAAUUCAGAAUAUGUUUUUAAUUAUUAAGAAAAAAAUUAAGAAGCCAGAGUACAAAAAGCAUUUACAAAAAUCCUUACUUUUGCAUUUUAAGUGAAAGUAUUGCAUCAAAUCACCUUCGAAUUAAAUUUAUAUAUUCUUCCUCAGUUAUUGACUUAAAAUGACCUUAAUACUUUUAGAAUUUUAAAACGUGAAGCAUUUUGAUUUUAGAGAAGGUACUUUUGUUUUCAUUGCUGAACUAUAAUGGCUGAAAGUAUUUCCUCUAAUAGAUCUUUAUUGGCUGCUUCAUCUGAUGGUCCCAGAAGAGUUAAGAAAAGACCCAAUCCCCCUCCUAUUUUCAAUGGUACAGCCCCAUCAGAAAUUAGAAAUACUGAGCUAUUAUGCUCUCUCUGUUAUAACCUGAUUAAUGAAGCACACAUGACUAAAUGUGGACACACCUAUUGUUAUGCCUGCAUAAAAACUGCAAUUGAAACCCAGAAAAAAUGUCCUAAAUGCAGCACACCAAUUGAAAGUGUUGAUGAAAUCUUCCCCAAUUGUUUAUUAAAUGAAGUAGUUGCCAAAGAAAAGAGUCGAAUCCCCAGUAAACGAGUGAAAUGCUGCCCAGAACAUACAGACAGCUUGUUUGAACUACAGUCAUUUUUAUCUAAAGAGAAAUGUAAUCUGACCAUAGAGGAAGUUAAUUUAAUGCUGGAAGUCUUGGCUCAGAAAAAACAACAGUUAGAAGCUGAUUGUAGAGAAACUGAGCUACUCAUCCUGAGAGAAUUUUUAGAAGAAGUUCAACGGCACAAAAAGGAGGAGUUGAAAAGAAUUCAAGAACAACUACAAAUGGUUGAUGGAGAUAUUAGUGUUGUAAAGGAUACUCUUAAAUCCCAUGUAUUGAUGUACCCUCCUCAGAAGCAAAUAAAAUGUGAGCCUUCAACUUCUGCUGUAAAUAACUGUUCUCUAAACUUGGGUAACUGUUCCUAUGCUAAAAAACAAGAUGGUUUCAAUGGGAGUAAAUAUGUGAGUAAGACGUGUGUUGCUCCUAGUUUCAAUUCCAGAAAGAAAAGAAUGUAUGAGCACUAUAAUGAUCUUCAAAAAAGUUACUUUAACCUGAAGUCCCUAGAUAGCAUUCCUUCAGAAAAUGGUUCUAUGAGGACUUCAGGUAUUGAUUUAUUUGAAGAAAAUUUAAUAAAAUUUACUAGAUUUAGUUAUGUGAGACCUUUAGCUGCCUUAAACUAUUCCAAUGAUUCUUUCAAUGGAUCCAAUAUAGUAUCUAGCAUUGAAUUCGAAAAAGAUAAUGAAUAUUUUGCAAUUGCGGGGGUCACGAAAAAAAUAAAGGUCUAUGAGUAUGCGUCUGUGAUAAGAGAUCCCAUUGAUGUUCAUUGCCCAGUAAAUGAGAUGGUGUGCAACCAAAAAAUUAGCUGUAUCAGUUGGAGUUCAUUUCAUAAAAACAUGUUGGCCAGCAGUGAUUACGAAGGUACUGUUACGCUUUGGGAUGCUUUCACUAAUCAGAAAGUAAAAACAUAUCAGGAGCAUGAGAAAAGGUGUUGGAGCGUUGACUUCAAUAAAGUGGAUACCAAGUUGAUAGCAUCUGGUUCAGAUGAUUCAAAAGUUAAACUCUGGAUGACUAAUAUGGAACAUUCCUGUGCUACGCUGGAGGCUAAAGCCAAUGUUUGUUGUGUCAAGUUUAGCCCAUCUAGCAAAUAUCACCUAGCAUUUGGUUCUGCAGAUCACUGUGUUCAUUAUUAUGAUUUACGUAAAUUAAGUGAAGCUCAGCAAGUAUUUAAAGGGCAUAAAAAGGCAGUUUCUUACGUCAAGUUUCUAAAUGCUGAAGAAAUAGUCUCUGCUUCUACAGAUAGCCAGUUAAAACUGUGGGACGUCCUGCAUCAGAAUGCCCUGCGUUCUUUUAAAGGUCAUCUGAAUGAAAAGAAUUUUGUUGGUUUAGCCACAGAUGGUGAUUUCAUCACUUGUGGGAGUGAGAAUAAUUCAUUAUAUGUGUAUUACAAAGGUCUUUCUUCACCAGUGCUGACAUUUAAGUUUGAGACAUUCAAAAGUAUACUUGACAGAAAUGUUAAGGAAGAUGACUCAAAUGAAUUUGUUAGUGCUGUAUGUUGGAGAAUGGGUUCAAAUGUAGUUGUUGCUGCCAACAGUCAAGGAAAUAUUAAAAUUUUGGAACUUGUAUAGAACAAACUGAGUGUGUAUAUAUUGUACAUAUAAGAGACCGAUGUGUAUAUAAAAAAAAAAAUGAUUUUUAUAUUUGUUAUUACGAGUGGCAGCUAAAUAGAGCUUUCAUGAAUAGAUCAUGCCAAAUUAAUAAAAUGUAUUAUUUUAGACUA